GGCAUUGUAUAAUUUUAUUUGUUGUGCUGAAAAUCAGCAACGGGCAAGUCGAAAACUUUUGGAGCAAUGGCUCAAAUCCUGCUGAGAAACUUCACACGAGCCGGUAAUGCGGCGCUCUUAACAAAAGGCACCAGCUGCAGCUCCAUCACAGGGACAAGCGCCGAGCCCGGCAGCUGUCAGCUGCACACAACGCCGGCAUGCUGCGAGAUUAGGAAACUGGCUCGACUGCGCGUGGUGGACAACAGCGACCUGGGCAAGCGUGCCAUGGCCGAGGGUCGGCCACCGCGAUGCAUCCAUGUGUACAACAAGCGGGGCGUUGGCCUGAUCGGCGACAAGGUGCUGGUGGCCAUCAAGGGCCAGAUGAAGAAGGGCAUCCUGGUCGGCCUCAAGCAGAAGCAGCGCAUAAAGCAGCCCCAGUUCGACAGCAACAAUCUGGUGCUCAUCGACGACAACGGCUCCCCGCUGGGCACACGCAUCCACGUGCCCAUUCCCACGGUGCUGCGGACCAUACUGAAGGAGAAGACGUUGGCCAAGGGCGCCGACUACACGAAAGUCCUGGCCAUAGCCAGCCGUUACGUUUAACUGACUGAACUCAU